UGCUCAUACAUAAAUUUUAUCAGAUGAGAGAUCAUGGGUUUUAAAUAAAGUGUAAUACUGUAAUCACAAAAAAAUGUGCAGUAAACUACAUCAAAAAAUUCAACCGUGAACCACAAUUGUUGUUAAGUGUGAUAAUAUGUAUAUUGCAUGGGAAUAAUUUUUGUUUUAGCAAGUAAUAUCAUAUCAACUUGUGAUUUGAUAAGUGUUGCUACACCAACAAGACAAGGUUUAUUAGACCAGAUAUGACAGUGGGUUAUUGUCAAAACAGAUAAUUUGUUGUAUUUAUACAUGAAGAUCGAGUGGUGUUUAUGCAUAAAAAAAGAUAACUAUAAAUGGGUAACUCUGCCUCCCAAGGUUCGAAAGAUGAGCUGACAACAGAGAAAUGUCGGAAGGCGAGACAAACAAUACAAGCAUCUCGUGAAAAGAUUUUGGAAUCUCUUCACGAAGAAUGCGAUAAAUGCUCUGAUGAUAUAGAUUUAGACGCAGACUCGCACGUACACUAUGGUGAUUCAGAUGGUAGCAAUAUCGAUUCAACACAAUAUCGUUUUCCAUUUGAAAAUUUAGUGCUUGAAGGUGGGGGUGUCAAAGGUCUUGUCUACUGUGGACUAGGCAGGGCUCUUGAAGAGCACGGCGUUUUAAAACAAAUACACCGAUUUGCCGGUACAAGCAUUGGGUCUAUCUGCGCUGCAUUGUACGCUGUCGGAUUUAAUUCACAUGAUGUUGAAACAAUCAUGAGUGUAAAUCUAGAAACACUUGUUAGUGAUGCGUCCUAUGGAUAUUUUAGUUUGAUACCUAACUUAUUGUCGUACUAUGGUUGGCAUCCAGGAUCAAAGUUUCUCAAUUAUCUGGGAGAAGUUUUAUCUGUGAGAACUGAUAAUCCCGAUAUAACAUUUAGCGAGGUAUAUAAGAAAUUUGGUAAUGAACUGUGUGUUGUUAUAACAAAUGUGAAUACUAUGUCUGAAGAAUAUUGUCAUGUAAAGACCACGCCUGAUAUGCCUAUCAGAAUGGCAGUGCGCAUGUCAAUGUCCAUUCCAGGUGUAUUUCAAAGUGUACAGAAAAAGCUAUUUGGUGUAACAAACUACUAUGUCGACGGUGGAGUAAUUUGCAACUAUCCUAUUCAUUGUUUUGAUGGAUGGUGGUUAUCUUUGGAUCAUCAUGACAGUUUCCUACAGAAAAUCCAGCCAAUCUCCAAAAUAGAGUCAAUCAUGGAUAGAAAAAACAGAUUUGAAGUUUUACCAGGACCUAUGAAAACAAUUGGGAGUUUGAUUUUCUCUUCAAACGAAGCCGAAGUUUACAAAGCUGAGAUUUUGAAGAAGUCUGGCGUGCCCAUGGGCAAAUUACCAAACACUAAAUUGGCAAGAGACUGGGUAAAAACUGAACAAGGUAAAGGAAAAAUAAACAAGGCCUAUACAGAAGUGUGUGAAGCUGCAACUGCAUUCAUCGAAGUUUUACGAAAGCAUAAUUUAGAUGGUAAUGACGUCAUUUCAAAAGAAGAAUUCGAAAACGCAUUUUCUGAAGCUGAUUUUAAAGAUCACUUUAGUGAAUUGUUAUUUGGGGAGGGAUGUAGUCCUCAGUUGGCAUUCGAUGCCAUCGACAGAGACGAAAGUGGGAACAUUACUUAUAACGAGCUGAUAAACUUCGUUGAAGGAACAGGAGUCAGCAUCCAUGAAAAAUACUUAGGGUUGAAACGGACAGAAGUCAAUGGAUUUUUCAGUUUUCUGGGAACGGUAUUUAAUGCGCUGGCAAUAAAUCUUAUGAGGAUAUUUAUCAGGAGUUCCGAUAUAGACCGAACAAUUGGAAUAAGUUCAUGGUACAUCAAAACAAAUGAUUUUGGUCUGGAAGAAGGGGACAAGAAGUUUCUGGUAGACCAAGGACGAAGUUCUACAAUCAAAUACUUACAACAUUUCGUAUUUGACAAUAACCCGGAAAAAGUAUCUAAAGCUGAUAUCAGUGGGAGGAAUGUUCCGAGUAAACCAAGUCUUACUGAAGCACAGAUUACACGGAUCAGUAAAAUAUAGAGUAAUACACGAAGGAAGUGUAGUAAGACAGUGCAUAUGAUACUCUGGUGAAAUUUUCAUAGACAUUUGACCGGUAGUUUCAGUUUUGAUAUUACAUAUUUGCUUUAAAAAAAAUGUAACUCUAAAUAAAGCAUCCUUCAUCUUAA